GUUGAAUGAGAACAGAAAGAAAGUCAUAGUCUGCGAUAUGAAACUAUCACACAGUCCUCAUCUCUAGCACCACUCCUGAGAAAGAGUCAACCCUGUUUUGAGAACUUUCUUACCUCUGGAGGGCAUCAGUUUGGUAAGAAGGCCUGAAAGUGGGCUCAAACAAUGGAGGCAUCAGUGCUGAGCCCCACAUCCUGGGAGAAACGAAGGGCCUGGCUUCAACAGAGUCGUAACUGGCAAACCCAGGUCCUGGAAGAGGAAGCAGCAGCUGCUCUGCAGGAUGCACUGGAUCCCGAGCCUUCCAGCCUGGAUGAUGUUUUCCAGGAAGGAAAUCCAAUCAAUAAGAUUGAGGACUGGCUGCAGGGCUGUGGUUGUAGAGACACUGAAGAGGGACUUUCUGAAGAAACAGGGCAAUCUAACUACAGUGGGUACUCUAGCCAUGGGACAAGCUUUGAAGAUGACUUGAGUCUUGGAGCAGAGGCUACAUUACUGUCUACCAAUGGAAACCUCUUCUCUAGGAAUUUCCUCCAGACACCCAGACUUUGCCAGUUACUUGAUCUUGGCUCUAGUUUGGCUUCCAGCAGCAUGACUGGUGGAACUAACAAAACCAGUUCAAGCAUCUCAGAGAUUUUGGACCAGGUACAAGAAGAUGCAGAAGAUAUUCUUUUCAGCCUUGGCUUCGGCCAUGAGAACCACAAAGACACAUCUCGUAUCCCUGCAAGGUUUUUCAGCAACCCUUCUCAGGCCAAGGGCAUUAACUUUCAGCUCUUCCUGAAGUCUCAGGUGCAAAGGAUGGAGAUGGAGGAUCCCUGCCUGAUGCUGGCCAGCCGUUUUAAGCAGGUGCAGACGCUGGCUGUCACUGCGGAUGCUUUCUUCUGUCUCUACUCCUAUGUGUCUAAGACACCUGUCCAAAAGUUCACACCAUCCAACAUGUUCUGGAAUUUCGACCCAACUGAUGUUCCAUCCAUCAGGAUUCUGGCUCCAGGGCCUGAACCCUACUCACCCAGAGAACGUCUCCGGAAAGCAAUCUCUAAAAUGUGCCUGUAUACAGGUUCCCGAGAUCGGCUGUCAUCAUCUUACAACAACCCCAAAAAGAACAGUUUGGAUCAAAUUGUGUGGGAAGUGAUGGACAGAGUGAAAGGAGAAAAGAUAGGUCUCCAGCCAGACCCUGAGCAGAGGCAAGCCCUUGGGGAAAAGUCUGUUCCCCCAAUACAAAAUACAAAUCCAUCUACUUCUUCCCUUCCGUGUGUUUUCUACACUAAAGAAGAAACACAGGGAGACAUGUGCCAUGCUCAUGCUCUAGCAAGACCAGGUUCACAGUACCACAUAGACUCUACACAGGUAAGGAGACAGCUGUGGGUUCUACAGGACAUUAAUGAGAAGCCACGUUCAGCUGAGAAUGAGAGUCCAUGGGAAAGAAAAAGCAAAGCAAGAAAGAACCUGUUUCAAAGGAUUCCUUUGGACAAGAAUAUUAAGUCAUUGAACUUGUCCACCAUCCAGCAGAAACAAAACCAGAGACAAGCCAGACAUGAGCUGACCAAUCUUUAACUCAGCAGCUUCAGGAUGCUUCAGAUUUGGAGCAGGUGAGAGUUCAGUUUCUCAUGAAACAUACAUACACUGGUGUUUUUAAAAUGUUUUUCAUAUAAAUGAAAUUUUAAAAACUACACAUUAUUUAAUAAAAUAUGUCUUUUGCCAAGGA